AUGUCUCCGUCAACGAAGGAAAAGACCAAUGCCGUUGCUGAGACUUCAUCCAUCCGGAGCACCUCGACCAUGUCGAGUCUCAAGGCCCUCUUGCCCACCAAGAGGCCCAACAAGGAGGAAAAGCCACGGCUCAGGCCUGAAACCAUCGAGCAGAAGGCUCUCCGGAGGGAAGCCUCCGCAGCGUACAUGGCGAUGAAGUAG